AUGACAGGAAAAUUAUUCCUGUUCUCUUCCUCACCAUCCUUCCCUAUCUCAGGACUAACCUCAUGCAGUCCUUCAACCACUUUCAAGCAAACAUACACACUUGUGUACCCAGCCAUUGCCUGCCUCUGCCCACCACACUUCCGGGAAUGGGGCUUUGAUGCCUGUGCCCCAGAGGCCUGGGCUGGGACUCAGGCCCCGUUUCUCACUCUCAGACUUCGCUUUGCCUGCUCUUACCUGCCCUUGGAGCCAUGUCUCCUCAUCCGCAACCCAAGGGACCUCAGAUCUCUUCGCUGCCACCUGCAAGCAGCUGCCUGCCUUUCAAGUGGGGUGUCAGGAAGCACGAAAAAGACUGGGGCUCAGGCUUUCCAGGCCCCAAAGGCUUUCCAUGCUGCAAGUCAAAGGCUGCUGCCUCUGAACUUUAAAUAG